GGCUGGAUGAACAAAACUCGCCCGAAGGUUGAAUAAUGAAUAAAAAUCGUAAUACUGGGGAGUCUAUAAAAACAUUUUAGUAUUGAAGUGUAAGUGAUCUAGUAAAGAUCAAAGUUUCUGAACGUUUUUUUUUUCUAACUAAAAAUGAAUUUUAAAAUAUUAGCUGAGUUAAAAAGUGUUUAUCUUUAUUUAAUAUUAAUUGUUGCGUUUUAUACGUGUGAAUCAAAAUUAAUGUACAAUUGUCAAAACGGAUUUUCAAAAUUUGGAAGUAACUGUUAUCAUUUGAGUAAAGAAACAGCAACAUGGCAAGACGCUUUUUUUGAAUGCAAAUAUUUGGCAAAAGGAAGUAAACUCGUUGUGCUAGCCAAACAAGUGGAUGAUCAUAAUAUUCGAAAAUUUUUGAAGUAUAGAAAAAAUGAAACAAAAGAAAGAUGGAUAGGAGGCAUUUAUGAUUGGAGUCAAGACCAAUGGAAAUGGGCAACGUCAGGACGUAAAAUUCGAUACAACAGAUUUGAAACUAUACAACAUUUUGAUAAUAACCGAAAUGAUCAAUGGCAGUGUAUAUCACUAGAUCCAAAUAUUGACUACAAAUGGAAUGCACAAAGCUGCUUACAAAAAAAAAACUUUAUAUGUGAAACAAAACCUCAACCAGAGUGUAUGAAUAAUACAGUUUAGAAAUAUUAACUAAAUACCUAUUCGUAAAAAAAAUAUAAAAUUUUAAAUGCAUUAUACGAGAUACAUAUUAAAUAAAUGAUUUUAAUAAUAUCAAAGAUGUUCCUAUUUAUAACUUUUAAGGUAUUCAACUAUUAUCUAACAUAUUCUAAAAUUAUAUACUUACUACAAUAAAAACUUUAUGUAAACGACCAGUUUAGAACAGAAUGUGUGUGAAUAGUUGUCAUUUCAGUUUUUGCAAGGUUACUAAACAUUUCUUUUUUAUGGUUGGACAAAAAAUUCACUAGCCCGAAAUAAUACUAUUCACAAACUUGGUUGACUUAAAGUAUUAUUAAUAAACAAGGGUAAAUACAAAAUUAAUAUAUUAUUAUACCUACAAUUCCGACAAAAUAUCUUGGGAUGUAAAAAUUCUUCAAGUAGUGUAUUGAAAGUACAGAUAUUUUACUAUGGUACUAGUAUAAUAUACAAAUUACAGGGUAUGUUUUUCAAGAAUGAGAAAAUAACCACAAAUGUAACCUUAAAAUGUAUAGUACAAAAUUGUAACCUAGUAAAAUAAAGUAUAGCAUAAUAAUAUGAAAUCUUCAAAGUACAUAUUAUUUGCACAGUACAUUCAAAUACAUUUCUAUAGGUUUAAUAUUAAAUAGACAAGAACAAGA